ACAUCGCAACGGGGGAGAGCUCAAUCGCUAUUCCGUACAAGGUCUUGGCCACAUCUCACUUUCUUCCAUAAUCUCAAAACCUUAUCCCAAACAAGGCCAAGACAUUCGGGUGUUCUUUCCUCAUCUCAAACCAAAUAGCCUGAACCAGUUUCCUCAUCGCUCAGCAUGGCUGAAUCACUCCUUUUCGGCAUCGCACAGGGCGUGCUGAGGAAGAUAGCAUCGCCGGCGCUCCAAGAAGCUGUCGCUAUUUACAACAUUGAACAUCAGAUCCGCGAGCUUAGAGAGACGUUGAUUGCUAUUAAGGCAGUGUUGUCAGAUGCUGAGGUGCAGAAGGCGAAGAACGACCGUCUGCAAGUGUGGUUAGAUCGGCUUCAACAUGUAUUUUACGACGCGGAGGAUGUGCUCGAUGAGAUCGAAUGUGAAGCAUUACGGAAGCAGGUUAUAAGUCGCUAUGGGAGUGUCAAAGGGAAGGUACGCCGCUUCUUCUCCAUCUCUAAUCCACUCAUGUUCCGUGUGAAAAUUAGUCAUAAAAUCAAGGAGAUUCGGGAAAGGUUGUCCAAGAUAUCCACUGAAAAAAAUCAAUUCGAUCUUAAUAUGCGGAGUGCUGACAAUGGUGUGGGACAUAUGUCAUCACGAAAAAUGACUUACUCAUUCAUAAACAAGUUGGAUGUCAUAGGGAGAGAUACUGAUAAAGAAAAAAUAAUUGAGAUGUUGAUGCAGCCAGAUGACAAGAACCUCUCAGUGCUUCCCAUUGUUGGAAUAGGAGGUAUGGGCAAGACAGCCCUAGCUAAAUUAGUUUAUAAUGAUGACAGGGUGAAAGAGCAAUUUGAGUUGCGACUAUGGGUGUGUGUACCCGAGGACUUUGAUUUAAAGAAAACUAUUGAAGGAAUUAUCAAAGAUGCAUCUCGUCAAGAUUUGAGUAACUUUGAUAUUCAACAAUCGCAAAACUUUCUACAAGACAUCAUCAAAGACAAGAAAUUUCUACUAGUCUUGGAUGAUGUUUGGAGUAAUGACCGCAGUAGAUGGAAAGAAUUGAGAAAUUUGCUAACUAGAGGAGCUAGUGAAAGUAAGAUAAUUGUGACUACUCGUAGUGUAGAAGUUGCUUCUAUUAUGGGUACCCAUCCGGUGUAUAAUCUAAAAGGUCUUUCUCAUGAAGAUUCUGUGGCCUUAUUCAAAAAAUGGGCAUUUGACGAAACGGAAAAGAAGCCACGUCCUUACCUUUUAGCCAUUGGAAAUGACAUUGUCAAAAAAUCUCAAGGAGUUCCUCUCCUUGUGAAAACUCUAGGGAGCCUUUUGUAUUCAAAGGAUGACGAUGGGCAUUGGAAACAUGUAAGGGACAGUGAAACAUGGGAGUUAGUGGAAGCAAAAAAGGACAUUGUGCCAGUACUCAAGCUUAGCUAUGAUCAUUUACCAUCCCACUUAAAACGUUGUUUUGCAACAUUUUCACUUUUCCCCAGAGGAGUUCAAAUGAAGGGCCCUGCUUUAGCUAGGUUAUGGAUGGCUUUAGGACUCAUUAGUUCAAAAAGGGAAAAAUUAGCAUUGGAAAAUGUUGGUAUUGAGUACAUCAAAGAGUUUUGGAAGAGAUCUUUGAUCCAAGAAGUUGAGGAGUGUGGAGCAGAAUUACUAUUUAAUGUACACGAUUUGGUCCAUUCUCUUGCAACGAGUGUGGCACAAAAUGAUUUCUCCAUUGUUCGCUUAGAUACUACUAAGAAAGGAGUUUGGUGCAUUUCGUUCUCUAGCACUUCGUUAGAGGGAAUCUCAAAUUUUGAUGGAGUCCCACCUUUUCUGAGAAAGACAACUUCAAAGAGGCUGCAUGGCAUUUAUUUUCAAUACCAAGUUAAUGAUGGAGUUAUUACUAAAGAGUUUGCUAGAAUAUGCAUCACCAAGUUUAACCACUUACGGUAUCUGAAUUUGUCAUAUAGUAGUUUUGAAGAGCUGCCAAGGUCCAUAUGUAAAUUGAAGCAAUUGAGAUCAUUAAGUCUCUAUGGGAACAAGCUAUUGAAGAAGCUUCCGGGUACCAUUUGUGAGCUGCAAAGUUUGCUAGAGUUAUCCCUUGUUGGUUGCUUAGAGCUACGCGAUUUACCCAAAAAUAUGGAAAGACUUGUCAGUCUUAGAUAUCUAUACAUAACAACAAAGCAGAAGAGUUUGCAAGAAAGUGGAAUACAAUACUUGGAAAAUUUGCAAUUUUUGGGACUCAAUGAAUGCGCAAAUCUCCAAGUUUUGUUUGAAGGCACUUGCCGACUAACUCGUCUUCGAGGGUUGGAAAUUGUAGAUUGUAGGGGACCAAUAUCUUUGCCUUUUGGGGAAUUAAAAGCCGUAGAGUCCUUGAAUAUUGCUAGUUCCAAGCUCGCGCUGACCUUGGAGAAUAAGUCCAACUUUUCGUUGAAUCUUCAUACUUUGGUAAUUUAUAACUUUGAACAAGUGAUGGAGCUACUCCAAUGUCUCGAAGGAUCAGCCUACACUUUGGAGUCAUUUUUAGUCUAUGAUUGCCUCGAGCUUGACAUAUGUUCCCGCAUGGCUGCCCAAUCAUACACGUCUCAGAUUAAUUUACUUGAUCCGAUGUCCCAACUUAUCAUCCUUGCCGCAAGAAAUCCAGUCCCUCACUAACCUCAAAGAAUUAUGCAUCGAAUACUGUGGAGAAUUGAGCAAAAGAUGUGAGCCUCAAACCGGCAAGGAUUGGAACAAAAUCGUCCACAUUCCUCGAAUCCAACUUGAUUUGAUAGAUGUACAAUGGACAGAUGAUUAGAUGAACUUUCAUGAUCUAUUUGCCGAGCCAUGUGGUUCUCCACGAAGAUUUGGACUUGCACUCGGCUAAUUCUUCAUCAAUCUCAUUUAUUUUCAGAGAUGAAAACAAUGGUCAUUUAUACUGUACUUUUUUCUUUCUUUCUUCAAAUGGGUGUUGUUCUUUAUUACUUGUUGGUAUCUGUAUUGUGAAUUUCUCUAUGGAGAAAAUGCCUUGUUCGUAUUACAUGAGACCAACUUUAACAUUAUCACCAUUUGAAUUGUCAUAGAACGAUAUUUAUUUUUCAUUCGCUGAUAGGGAAUGAAAUUGCGCCGCAUAGUAAAUUAGUGUCA